AUGCAGGUGCGGAAAAUCCUCCGCACCUGCUCACUCCCCUUCAAACUCGCAUCUGCGCAUUUCAACCUGCACCUGCAAUCAGAGCUCCGCAGGUACCUACUAGAGAAGCCGACGGUAGUAAAAGUGGCGGCAGCGCGUGGAAGGCCGGAAUUGAUUUAUUCGGUGCAACAGAGUAGCCCCGACAUUGGUUGGUGUUCGCAAAGGCUGAUGGGAGUUGGAAGGAAGAACCUUAGUCUCCGCAACCUCGGGAGUGCUCCUAGUCGAAUUUACAAGUUCUACUCGCGGGAGUUGUCUGUCAUAGGUAUUAUGGUUGUGGUCUAUGAUGGCAGAGUAAGGUCAUGUCCUCGGGGUGGGUUGGGGUGGGGUAGGGGUCAGGAGGUGGGACAGGAGGAAAGGGGGAGUAAAGGGAACAAGGGAGUCCAUAGGUUGAGAAUUGGGUAUUUGAACAUAGGUACAUCGACGGGUAAGUCUAUAGAGUUGGAAAAAAUUCUCCAGAAAAGCAAGGUCAGUAUAGCUUGUGUCCAGGAGACUAGGUGGGUAGGAUCGACGGCGAGGAAUGCAGACGGGUAUAAUCUAUGGUAUUCUGUAGUCAUAAAGGGUAAGAAUGGAGUGGGUAUCUUGGUGGAUAGGGAACUUAGAGAGUCUGUGGCAGAGGUUAGCACGUAUGCGCCACAUGCGGGCUUGGAUGAGGAGGUUAAAAGGGGCUUUUGGGAGGGGUUGGAUGAGAUAGUGCAUAGUAUUCCUCCGACAGAGAGGUUAUUUAUCGCAGGAGAUUCCAAUGGUCAUAUUGGGUCGACUACUGGUAGCUAUGGCGAGGUGCAUGGCGGCUUUGGUUUUGGGGAUAGGAACGGAGGAGGUACUUCGCUGUUGGAUUUCGCAAAGGCAUUUGAGUUGGUCAUUGCGAACUCUAGCUUUCCUAAGAGGGAGGAACAUUUAGUCACUUUCCAAAGUGCGAUGGCGAAGACUCAAAUUGAUUAUCGCCUUAUCAGGAGGUGUAAUAGAGGGAUGUGCAAGGAUUGUAAGGUUAUCCCAAGCGACUGGUGGUGGAAUAAAGUGGUCCAAGGUAAAGUGGAAGCGAAGAAGGCGGUGUACCUGAAGUUAGUAGGUAGCACAGGCGAGGAUGAGAGGAGAGCGAACAGGGUGAGGUAUAAGGUAACUAGGAAGGAGGCGAAGUUGGCAGUCACGGAGGCUAAGACUGCAGCGUUUGGUUGUGUAUACGAGGAACUGGGGAACAAAGGUGGGGAAAAAAAGUUAUUCCGGCUGGCCAAGGUGAGAGAGAUAAAGGCUCGGGAUCUAGACCAAGUGAGGUGCAUCAAAGACGAGGAUGGUAAAGUUUUGAUGGGAGAGGCUCAGAUUAAGCGAAGAUGA